CCUACAAUAAACAUACAUCCAGUAAAAUAAAAACAUAAUCAGCAAAAGAAUUCUCAAAUAAUUGUAUUUAUUCCAUUUUGUGGCAUCUUGCACAUCCCCUCCCUUGGUCUGCAAUACCAUUGUGUAAACUGUUUACUGUUGUCGUAGAGUUUACAGUAAACACAAUGCCACCAACAGACCUGAUUCUUUUUCAUAUCCCGCUAAUACGGCAUUGAAUCAGAUGUGCUCUAUUGAAAGUUGUGUUGGCGACUUUUUCCACCAAAGUUUUUCUUCUGUAUACGCCAUGGAUGCACAAUCUGCGCCAUCGGCUUCCCGUGAUGGAUUGUCGAACUUUUGGAAACAAGUCUUGGACAGCGGAGAGAAGAGCGACGUUCGGUUUGCUGUCGGGCAUCAGUAUGGCGAUGCGAAGAUCUUCCGAGCUCACAAGUGGAUAUUGACUUUGCAUAGCGACGUUUUCGAUAGGAUGUUCAACGGAGCUUUGCCUGAGAGCGGAGAGGAUCCCAUUGAUAUCCCCGAAAUCAUGCCUGUAGCAUUUGCCAACAUGUUAAGCUUCGUGUACACUGGUGUGGUGGAUGCAGAUGACCUGAAGUCAGAUAAUCUGUUCGCCACCAUUUACUGCGCGGACAAGUACAACCUGCCGCGGCUGCUGGAAUGCUGCAUGAACUUUGUCAGCAGCCAGCUGAACGCCGGCAACUGCUUGAUGUAUCUGGACAAUAUUAAAUGCUGGAAGUACGCCUGUGUUGCUGAUGUUAUGGAGAAAUGCUUGCUCUUAGUGGAUGCAUUCAGCGAUGCGAUUCUGCGCUCGGAUGAGUUCAGUGAAACUGGAGUUGACACACUGCACAGAAUCCUGCAGCGUAGUAGUUUAUCGCCGAUGAAAACAAAAUUUACCAAGCUGUGGAAAAGUGGGCUGUAGAGGCUUGCAAGCGGAAUAAUGUGGAGCCAAGCGCGUGCAAUCGCCGUCGGUGUCUGGAUGCAGCGCUGUACGAUGUUAGGUUUCCGUUAAUGACCGACAGUGAACUGGCUAAUGGUCCCGUCCAGACUGGUUUAUUAUCUCCAAGCGAAAUGCUGGCCGUCUACAAGCACAGAUAUUCCGCAGUCACGGUGCACCUUCCCUUUUCAACUGAAGACCGCACAGCUUCACUUAUUCCAGCUUUGAACCGUUCAGCCUGUUUCCAGCUUAAUCCUGCGCACGGCCAGAACCUUUAUGUUGAUGCGCGUUUUCGUUUCAUUGUUGGACUAGUACUGGGGUUUGCUUUGAUAAUUCGUAUACUGGACGCUGUAUUCGAAUUGGAAUUUGCGGCUCUGGAUGAUCUGGUCGGAUUUUUAUUGAGUUUUUAUUAGUGUUACUGAACUGUAAAAUGCUAGUACUGUAAACUGUACAUAGUAGUGACGGGCCACUGACGGCACAUGCAGCAGGGAAAAUGGCCUUGCUGAUUGUGCCUUUUAGCAUACGAACAUGCUUAUUGUAUCCUUGUAUAUAUUUUUUUAUUUCGACCACCAGAUAACGUAAG